GCCCCCCCCCCCCCCCCCCCCCGCUGGCUCGCUCCGUCCCUCAUCUUCCUCCUCGCGCGAGCGCCGCCGCCCCUCCCUCCCCAUCCCGCUGCCGGGCGCCGCAGACCCCUGCCUCGUCUCCUCCACCGUAGAUACAUUCAUUAAAUAAGGUUUGUGGUCAACAGUAAGGAAGAGAUGCAGGCAUCUAGAGCUAGGCUCUUCAAGGAAUACAAGGAGGUGCAGCGAGAAAAGUCUGCUGACCCAGAUAUCCAAUUAAUCUGUGAUGAUUCAAAUAUAUUCAAGUGGACGGCUCUAAUCAAGGGUCCAUCGGAGACACCUUUUGAAGGCGGUGUAUUUCAACUUGCAUUCUCAAUUCCUGAGCAGUAUCCUCUACUGCCCCCGCAAGUCCGCUUCAUGACCAAAAUUUUCCACCCAAAUGUUCACUUCAAGACGGGUGAAAUAUGCCUGGAUAUAUUGAAGAACGCAUGGAGCCCUGCAUGGACCCUACAAUCUGUUUGCAGAGCCAUAAUUGCAUUGAUGGCCCAUCCAGAAGCAGACAGCCCACUUAACUGUGACUCAGGCAAUCUCCUGCGCUCAGGCGAUAUCAGAGGCUAUCAAUCUAUGGCACGAAUGUACACUAGGCUAGCUGCCAUGCCAAAGAAAGAUUAAUUGCAGAUUGCAGAAGUAAACCAGAGCAGUUGCAUGACUGGUUCUUGUAUCACUGAGUUGUCAGGUGUUAACUCUGUCUCUCUUGUUGUACUGUGUGUGUACAUUCUGGUGAUAAAGAGAACGAAAACGUGCAUUUGAGAUGCUUGAUUCAUGAUGUAAUGUAACUGGGGUUUGGUACUAGUUCUGGACGCUGUCAGUAGCCGAAAGCAUCAAGCCUUAAGUUAAUAUGCCAACGUGCUUUGCAUUA